CUCGCUCUCCCUCCUCCAUGGCCUGCUAGUGGAAGAUGUCCGACGAAACUCACGGGACAAACGCUCGUCUCUCUUCUCGCAGGAUUGUGAUAUGAUGAAGCUACAGGGCCAUGAGGAAAUCAACACUGACCACAGGGGAGAGGGCUGACAACCUAGAACAGGUGAAGAAACUCACCAAACAUGUGAGUGAUUGUGUUCGUCGAGCAAAUGCAGCUCUGGGUGAGGCAGGGGUUGUGGCAGCCCUCUUCAGUCCCCAAGCUGUAGCAGUGCGGGCCAGACUGAGGGAAGCAUGCGAAAAGGUGAUCACAAUGGCACCAGGGCCUCAAGCGCGCCGCAUGGAAGAGAUUCUUUGGCGGAAAGUCUACUACGAGCCUUUGACUUCAGCGAAGAAGAUCAGGAAGGGCACAGCAUGGUCAAGCACAGAAGCAUGCUGGGUUUAUGGCCAUCUGUGGACUGGUCUAGCAUACUACCAUCAGCUGCUGCAUACGUUAGCUCAGGCCCACCACUUAGAUCGAGGAUUGGCUGAUCUUCUCCCGUAUCCGGCCCAGGAAGAUGAUGAAAACAUCGCAGCUUCCCCGGGAGAAAACAGCAUUGACUCCGUUCAUCGCUGCCUCACUUGCUUGGGGGAUCUGACUCGGUACAUGCUAGACCUCCCCUCGCCACCACCUUACCAUCUACCAGUUCGCUACUAUCUGCAGGCCCUCCACUACCACCGCGAAGGAGGUCUUACACACAGUAACUUAGCAACAGUGUACACCAACAGUGAUCAGCCUCUGCUUGCUGCAGCACACUAUCUAAGAGCAUUAACAUGUGAAAAAGCUUUUGAGGCAGCUGAAGGGAAUCUAAAACGGCUCUUAGACAAAAGCCGUGCAUUUUAUGAAACAGGAAUUGACAACGGAAUUAAUAAAACGGCUGCAGACCACCAGAAGAUGUUCUUACAUACUGUUCUCACACUUGUCUCAUUCCUCAUUAACAACAGAGCUACUGAAGAAGUUGCCAGGCUUUGUCAGGAUGUUCUUGUCCAGCUUGGGAAAGUCUUAGAGACCUAUGAUGAUGGGGACAAUGAUGUCUCAGAGAGGUCACCUUCUCCAUCAGCAACGCCCAAUGGUCACACUCCAACAGUCCAGAAUGGUUGCGACUCUCCAGUGGAACCAGCCAAGAAGACUCCUCUCUUCAGUCUGACACCUGAAUCAGUGGUGGCCUUCUGUGCAGUACUAGUUUUAUGUACUCAAAGGCUGAAGAAGCAAGGGUUGUCUCACACAAGCAUGGCUCAAGCUCUCCUGGUAUCCGUUUUGCUGACCCUCAUCUCCCAUGUCACAAGCCGUUUAGAGCAGCGCAUUUCACUUGUGGAUCCGUCUUUCCUGUCAACACUCCUUCCAGAUUCAGAAAAGAAGACAGAGACAGAUAUUAAGGAAAACGAAACUGAUGGACAGAAAGGCAAUAAAGAAAAUUUUGAAAGCAUCGACAAAGUUGAAGGAGAAGUUGCCAAGAAGAAAAAGAAAAAGGGACGAAAUAAUAGGCUGAGGAAUUUGAGGAGGAGAAGGAAGGUGAACGAUGACAGUCCUGUUCUCAGUGAUGAUGAUACUGGUUCAGAUGAUUCUGCAAGUGAUGCUCUUGAUCUCUCCCAGCUAUGCUCAUCAGAAGACGAUGAUUCAGAUGAAGAUGUAAAGAUUGAGUCUGACCAAGAAUGGGAAGGCCUUAGUGCAAGUGAGCACCUGGAACUGAUUGGUCAGGAGGGCAUGUUGUCAGCUGUAUAUGUGCUUUGUGAUUGGCUGAAGAAGGAAGAUGAAGUGAUACAACUCUGCAUUAAGACAGCAGAUUCUUUAUGGAUAGCCAUUGCCAAGUUGUUGAAUUUGUUACGGGUUGACUUUGACCAGCUGAAAAGCAAUUCAAAUAUUGUGCGGCACGAUGUCAUUAAGCUUGUGCAAGAAUCUGUAUCAGGGUUGGCUGGUUCCCAAAGCCCUAUGUUGGAGUCUCUUUGCAAGACGCCUUUACCUGAGGACCUAAUGCUUCAUACACUUAUAUCCUCAUAUCUGUCUACAUCAAACAAGUCACUCAACUUGAAGUCAGCUGAACUUGUUCUUUUGAGAAUUGGUCGCCUUGCUGUCUUUGGGAGGGAGUUGAACAAGAGGCAGGAUGCUCCUUUGUGGCACAACACAGACACAGGACUGUACACUUUUUCAAUGGAAGGUGUUAUUGUUGAAGAAAGCAAGAACAAAGAAGUUGGACAGGAGACAACCAGCAGGGAAUCUUCAGCCUCCCCAUCAGAGGAUGACAUGUUAUCUGUCCCCCCUGCCAAGAAGGAAUCGAAGCGACUAGCUGGAAUGCAGAGUCUCACCGCACAGUGGCUACAGCAUGAAGUUCGGAAUUUAGAAGAGCGCACAGCAAGACGUGCUACUCUAGGGUUGUACCUUGUUCCAGAUGCAAGUGUGCUUAUCAACCAUCUUCCUGCUAUCAAGAUGCUACUCUCAAAACCCACCCAUAUGAUCAUCAUACCUCAAACAGUUAUUGAUUUACUGGACCAACAAAAGCGCGAAAGCUUGGGCGCUCGAGAUGCCAUUCGCUGGUUAGAGAUCAAGUUCCGCCAUGGUUCAAGAUUCAUCCGCUCACAGAGGCCUCAUGAAAGGACUCACCUUCCGCUCAUCAAAUACCCGAAGCGCAAGGACAAAGAAGCUUGGGAAUGGUAUCAGAUUCUGGAAUGCUGUCAUUACCUGAGCGCUCAAGUCCAGCAGAAUUCAGCCAGUGUAAAAGCUGCCACAGUGACGCUCUUGACUGGAGAGCACCAGUUACCCAAUUCCUCCUUCUCUCACUCUGGCCUUGCCCAUGCUGCUGGUGCAGUUUUGGAGCAUAUAGAGGAGUUUAUGCGGAAAUGGCAAACAUCCACUAAAGGGCAUAGCUGAUCAAGAACAGAUGAAUGGAAAAGGCUAGCUCCUGAUUGGUAAUGACCCACCAUCCUCCCUAUCGGUGCGUCAAAUAGAACAUCCACCACCUGGCCCAGUGCACAUAUCAGGCCAAGUCCUCAACAUUGGCCCUGGGGUCAGUGCAUCAUGUAUGUGCAGAUGCACGAAGAAAGUAUGCACCAGGGGCCACGGUGAAGUGUGUCAGUCAUCCCACAAUCCUAACUGCGGGUAUAUUGGGUUACUCUGAUUCCACCAGUUGGCGGAACUCAGUCCUCCAUGGUUGGGUAUAGGAAAUUCUAGUGGAUGUUUCCAGAGAUGGUGAAAAUGUAGGUUGCAACUGGGAUUAAAGAUCCUGUUAACCUUUAUAAUCAAGUCUUUUAUUUCAUUUGGAAGAGGUAACACCUUUCAAUAAUCACUUUAAAGAAUUGACACCCUCUAAAUGCUGAGAGAAUAAGGUUGAAGAUCAUACAGUCACUGCAUUUAUACUUUGUGGCAAGUACUUGAAAAAAUACCCAGGCUAAAUCUCCAUUCAUGAACCUGAUGAGUACUAACAGGGGUACAUCAAACAAUUCAUGAGCAAAGAUUGUGUGUAGUAAAGGUUUGCUUUUUCUUUUUUUCCUUUCUGUCAUUUUUUAUUAAUAAUUUUAUAAUUUGGAAAUCAAUUUUUUUUUAAAUAGAUAGUAGUUAAUACUAUUACAUGAAAAAAAUAUUUCAUUUACCGACAAAUGAAGAAAUUAUUGUCAGAGCACCUCGGUUUUUGAAGACAUCGUGUGAGUUUUAACAUACAUCAUUGUACUUGUGGCUUGAUGCAUAGAAACAGGACAUAUUUCCUUGGUUUUAGAACAUUACUACUGCCUUGCAAGGUAGGAUUUAUAUACUACAGAAAGCUUGUACCCCCACAACUGUCAAGUGUGCCAAAAUACAGACUAAAAGUGCAAAAUUCUUAAAGUUUUUCAAACGCUUUCCAUUUUAUAUCAGAAUGAAACAUCCUGCUGGCAAGGUUUUCCUGUGUAUUGUGGGUUGUGAUAUUUGUUUAAUGCAUUCUUUCAGUAUCUUUCUAUGCUUACUCAGUGAAAUCCCUGAGCUGAACAUGGAUUUGGACAACGAUACAGAUUUGGCAUGAUAUACUAUGUCCAAGAGUUACUCAUCAUUUUUAUCUUUGCUGUGACCUGUUUGAUUCAUUCAUUUUAUGUUUUUUUAUUUCCUUAUUUGAAAUUGCAUUCAUCAAUGGUCUUAAUAAAAGAAAAUAUUUGAUAGGCA